AUGGCAAUAGCAGAGUUUAUGCCUGGUCAUCCUUGUUCCACUGACGCAGACCUCAAAGCACCAAUGCAGGUGGUUAAUCUACACAUCACUAGGAAUAAAAAGUCUUAUGACCUUGAAAGUGAUACUGGCCAAGGUGCAAGAGCAUGGAUAAAACAAGUUUUGAAUCAAGACAUGGCUUUCCAACAUAUAAAAGUAAUUUACCCAACGGCUCCUGCCAGGCCAUAUACACCUAUGAAAGGAACCUUUUCCACUGUGUGGUUUGACAGGUAUAAGAUCUCUAAUGAUUGUCCAGAACACAUUGAAAGUAUUGAUUCUAUGUGCCGGGGACUUACAGACUUAAUCAACGAUGAGAUAAAAAACGGCAUUGCAAAAAAUAGGAUACUAAUAGGAGGCUUUUCAAUGGGAGGUGGAAUGGCAAUGCAUUUAGCAUAUAGGUUUCAUCAAGAUCUGGCAGGAGUAUUUGCUUUGUCUAGUUUUCUCAAUAAAGACUCUGCUGUUUACCAGGCUUUGAAAAGAAAUGAAACUGUUCUUCCAGAAUUAUUUCAGUGUCAUGGAACUGCUGAUGAACUAGUUCUCUACUCAUGGGGUGAAGAGACCAACAAGAUGUUAAAGUCACUGGGAGUAUCAACAUCACUUCAUACUUUUCCAAACCUUAAUCAUGAGUUAAGCAGGACUGAAAUAGAAAAACUAAAAACCUGGAUUUUAGAGAAAUUACCUGUGGAAGGAGCAAAGACAAACAAAUAAAAGAAGAUGCAGCUUUCAUGUAC